AUGGAUCUUAUCAAGGCCCUCCGCCGGUCUAUGAAAGGCGGCGACAAGCACAAGCAAAGUCCCUCCAUUGGAUCCUCCAAGGCGGCCGUCGCCAUAGUUCCACCCAAAAAGGUCAUACGAGCCAACGACGACUACCAGCCCGACGAGGCCUUGGUGCAAAGCUUCGCAAAAGCUGGUGUACUGGUCCUGGGCUUCUCAAAGGGCGACUUCUUCCACGUCAUCGGCCGCGAAGACGAUCCUCAUUGGUACGAGGCAUGCAAUCCCGCCCUGCCUGACGCCCGCGGCCUCGUGCCCGUCUCGUACUUUCAAGUGUUGGGACGCACCGAGAGGGACAGCACGCACUCGGACAGCGGGAGAAUGCCCGCGGCCAAAAACCCGGACCAUGACUCGGGCUACGGCGAAAACGCCAUUCAGCACGUCUCGGCCCCGCCUCAGCGCAACUCCAAAUCCUCCAAGACUGCGGGCACCGUCUACGCCAAAGUCCGCCAUACAUUCACCGCCCACCCGACUCGCCCGGACGAGCUGUCGGCCGAAAAAGACGAGAACCUCAUCAUCAUCGCACAAUCGAACCACGAAUGGGUUGUUGCCAAACCCAUCAUGAGACUGGGAGGCCCCGGCCUGAUCCCCCUGGACUUCAUCUACGUCUUUGAAGAGGUUCCCAUGGGCACAGGCUCCGGAAACGGCCCGACGCCCGUCGAAGACCCGCGAGAGGCACUGAAGAAGGCCGGCGUGCCGAGUGUGGAGGAAUGGAAGAGGAUGGCUGCCCAGUACAAAAACAGUAGUAUUACCCUGGGCAAGUUUGACGGCGCCAAGGCCGCUGCCGGGCAGCAACCUACAAUUGAGCAGGGCAUGGGGCGACUGAGCCUUCAGCAGCCUGGUGCACGGCACAGCAACCAGAAUGGGUCUCAGUCGGCCUCGCAACUGUAUGCGCCUAUUUGGGCGCGGAUACCACGAUACUGCUACGCAGAGAACAAGUACUGGUUUGUCAUCGAGGCAGAGCUCGAGGACGGUCGAUGUUGGGAGUUGUCGCGAUACUACCAGGACUUUUACGACUUCCAGAUUGCCCUCUUGGCCGAGUUCCCUGCCGAAGCAGGCAAUGCGGGCACCCAGAAGCGAAGCCUCCCAUACAUGCCCGGCCCCGUGAGCUACGUCACAGAUGCCAUCACAGAGGGCCGUCUGUACAACCUGGACGCGUACGUCAAGAACCUGCUGAACCAGCCGCCGCACAUUUCCCGAUGCGAUCUGGUCAAGCUCUUCUUUGCACCUCGCGAAGGCGACUACGAGAUCGAGGCCAACGCCAACGGCGACGAAGAAUACCGGCUGUCCGAGGGCUCGCGUCAGUCAUCUGUCGACUACGCCGCGAAUCCGGCAUCCAGACGCUCUUCUCCCAACGACUCCAACGGAUACGGCUACUCGGGUCUCUCCGCCACUCCGAGGCAGGGCAGCGCCUCGCAGCAAGGUGCAGCUCAGCCACAGCAGCCGCAGGCAUCGGCCAUGAAGAUCAAGGUGCGAUUCAAGGGAGACGUGUUCGCCAUGCGAGUGUCGACCGAUGUGCAAUACGAGGAGCUGUACGGCAAGAUUCGCGAGCGGGUCAAGGCGGUUCCGGGAGAGCAGAUCCAGCUGUUCUACCAGGACGAACCAACCGGGGGCCUGCAGAACUUGACGAGCAACAACGACCUUGACUUUGCUCUGCAGCGCAACGAGAAGCUCACGCUCUAUGUUGAAGUUGUCUGA